UGGCGAGUGGAGCUCCGGUAGCUGUGGUGCCCAUGGCCCUGAUGUGGUUAGAUGGAGAAGUACUACCACUAUGUGGAGAUCGGCACCAGCAACUUCCGCACAUUGGUUGGCGCGCAACCGGCGGAGCAACAUGGUCUCAGUGUGGAACCUAUGCCCUUCUUCGUGCGCGACUUAAGGGAGCGCUAUGCUUCCAGCCAUCCCCAUAGCAAGCUGGUUAACGCUGCUGUGCUGCCUAAAGCCUCCACAGCUCAUGUGGUGAGCGCCUUCUACGUUCACCCGGAGAAUGUGACCGCCUGGAAGCUGCCCAUAGUGUUCCUGGGGAUGAGCCGUAUGGGUGCCCCGCACCCAUCGGUCACAGAGAUUUUGGAGCAGCGGCAAUUGAUGCACCUCCUACAGAAUAGACCUGUUCGUGCGAUGUCAGUGCAACGCCUGCUGGAUCUCUACGAUGCCUGUCGAUCCUUGGAGAACUUUCCAUUGGCUUUUGCCACCCGUGAAAGAGCUCGAAAGCUUCUGAAAUCCCUCGCCAUGGUCGGGUACUACGAGAGUGGAAGGCAGUUCGAUGAGGUGGCUGGGAUACCUGGGGGCCAAGAAACCUACAGCAUUCGCCUGGUUUACGCGCGGCAGCAGGACAAGAGGCAGGGAGUGGCCAGCCUAAUGUGGUCGGCACCAGCAGUACCAAAGAUUGUACAUAUGCUCCUGCCAUGUUUCUUCACACGGCCGGUCCACUGCGGCUUUGACGGGGAGUCGGAGGCGCAACGUUUGCGCUGGCGGAAGGCCCUGCCCAGCGACUGGCACGUGGAACUCUGGACGCCCUACAGACUGACGGUGGCGUUGCAUGACCAGGAGCCAUUGCACUGGCCAACGCUUCUGGGGGUAGUGCCCAAAUUCGACCGCCAUAAGAUGCCUCACUACGCUGCCAAGUAUCAUCUCUUGGCCUACUUCGGCGGCAUUUUCGUCGAUUGGCAGCUGCAUCCCGGUAUGGUUCAGCAGCUGCUCGCAGCCCACCAGUCCAGUCGCCAAGAAGGUUUCUGGUGCUUGGACCCAGGCCCCAGCGCGCUCCGCAGCGACAGCGGCGCAGUGCUGGUGGCAAGGGCCUUUCAUCCCACCAUGCAGUUGAUGGGCUAUGAGAUGCCAAAGCAUGGGAUCAGGAGGGAAGAUGCCCAGAAGAGUUUGUCACAGGCGGAACUGUACUUGCUGAAACUGUACUACCAGAUUUGGAGCGGAGACGAAUUGACAUGUCACCGCGCCAAUUUGACACGGCGAAAAAGCGGAGUUUGAUCGAUUUCAGCGGUUUGGGAAAA